UCAAAUAUCCUCGAACAACUCGGAAUGUAGCACAGACUGUAGAACGGACGCGGAAGAACCGAACUCCUCAACUCGCCCCUCAAAACGUGCGCGUAAACAGAUCAGAGCGAAGGUUGCGAUUGAAAACAACAAAAAACUUUUGUUCUCCUUUUUGCGUCUCUUUGUUUCGUAUUAUCCAAUCGUGCGAUUUCCGUUUGCCCGUUCCGUUACCAGUUUUUCUACAUUUUCGCCUCUACAAUUGCUUUGCACGGACGCGUUGGGUCGCCUCGGUGCGAUGGAGGUGUCACCGUCCGUCGAGUCGAGCCUCACCACGGGCACCACCACCAUCCAAUCGCUCCCGACCGAGCUGCUGACCGCAAUCUUUUAUCACCUGCGCGUUCCGGAUCUGGCCGCGGUGCGCCAAACCUGCCGACACUGGUACGAAAUUGUGAACAGCACCCGUUCGCUGAUGAAUCGGUUCGUGCUCUCCCUACGGAACUUCCGGAUAGAGGAGGGCAUUGAACCGUGCCUGGUGUUGGAAAGUACCCGCAGCACGUUCGAGAAAGUAUGCCUCAAAUCCUGCUUCAUCAGUCCCGCUCCCGUACUGUGGCGCUCGAUCGGCAGUCACACGGUAGAGCUGACGCUCAGCGAGUGCAAAAUCAGCUGCGAAACGCUGGUCGGUGUGCUGCAGGCUACGCGGGAAAAUUUGCGCUCGCUCACGAUUAAAUCGAUCAAGUUUGACGGACACCAAAUCUAUAACGCACCCAACGACUUUCUGCUCGAACGGUUACAGUCGCUCACGAUACGGAACUCCUUCCUGUACGAUGGAUUCCUGCACCUGUUGAAGCGCAUCUGUCCCAAUCUGAAAGCGCUCAAGCUAACCUUUUCCUCGUACGAACGAUGGGGUGAAAAUUUGGUCAAAUUUGUGGCCACGCAAAGUGCCACGCUGGAAGCGAUUACGCUCAGCUACACGAAAGCGACCGGCGCACUGCUGCAGCAGAUCGGACGCAUCAAGAAUCUGCGGCUACGGAAGGUGUCACUGAAGUCGUGCUUUGCGAUCAAGGAAAACGAUAUACUGCAGCUGGCCCGCUUGCAGCCGACGAUAGUGCACCUCAACCUGGACAAUCUGUUUUCCGCCAGCGAACAGUUUCUGGAAGCUCUCAGUGCCUUGCUGCCGCAGAUGAAGCGCAUCAAGCUGCGGGUGGCCCGGGUCACUAACCUGCACCGAUCCUUCCUGGCCAACAUGUCCCAGCUCAACUAUCUAAAGAUAACGGACGCAACGCAGAUAAAGGGCAACGUCGAUCUGAGUGCGUACGAAAAUCCGGCCCUCGAGAAGCUGUUCGUAUCGGCGGCCGUGUUCUCGCGGAACACACUGCCCCGGUUCUUCGAACGGUGUCCCAACAUUCGCAGCCUUACACUGUACCAGUGUACGUACGAAAACAUUCACGAUCUGCAGCUCGCCUUUUCGCAUCUGGAAGGGCUAGAGUAUCUGAACCUGCAGCGCACAAUCGAUCUCGGCGAUAGCUUCUUCAACCGGGACGUGUUCGAUACGAUCGUGAUGCCGUUCGAACGGGUACGCUUCUACCCGAUCGCGAACCUGAACAGGCUGUGCUAUCUCAACCUCAGCCACUGUCGCGAUCUGUCCGAUCAGACGCUGAUGGCGCUCCAGUUCCCGCUGCUGAAGAAGAUCGAUCUGCGCGGGCUGUACAUUACGGAGGCGGGUAUUGCGACGCUCGUGCGCGACUGUCCCCAUCUGGAGUAUGUGCUGGUCGAUGCCUGCAAGCGUAUCUGUGAUACAGCCGUGCUGUACCUGUGCCGGGAUUUGCGCAACCUGCGGUUGCUGAACCUGGAGAGCUGUAAAGCCAUCACGGACCUGUCGGUGGAACAUAUCGUGCGGCACUGUCGCAGCUUGGUGUGGCUGAAUGCGCUCAACUGUCCGCAGAUAAGCGAGGGCGCAAAGGCCCGGUUACGAACCGUGCGCACAAUACGGUCGCUGCACGUGUGAUCGGGCGGCACGUGGUGCUGCUAAGAUGCUGCCAACACACCCGCACAUCGCACCUGCUCCCCAUUCCCGCGGGCACAACGACGAGUGUGCAAGAACAAUAAUCGGGCUUUCUUCGGAAUCGGACCAAUUAUCUCCUUCGAAGCGUUCAAGCGUGUGUGUCUGUUUCGAAACGAAUUGAUUGUUUUAGUUUUUACCCCACUUUUUUGUUAUGCGUUCGAGUAGCUGAUUGAUGUGAAGCGAAAGCGUGGAUGCAUAAUUGGAUAAAACCGUUCAAAAGAUGCCCGCACCGCACAUAGUACGCGAGAUAGUUGGAUUGAAUUUUGUGACUCAUAUUUCGUGACUAGAUUUAAGCGGUUUUUUAACGAUAUAUAUAUACUUAGAUGUGAGUUCUAGGGAGAUGUUACGUUUUUCUCUGCGUCCAAAUGAAAAGAAUAGUGAGCAAUAAAGUAAAACGUUGGUUGGUCGACUAAUUUAUACAAAA